GUCCCAAGCUAUUAACCGGAACAUGGCGUCCGACACCGCCAUUCCGCCACAAGAGCUCCACACCGUCAGCCCUAAUGUAGUGCUGCUCGAAAACGAACCGCCCUUUUACGAUGCGCUUCAUGUGAACUACGUGUCGGGUUUGGCCGCCAAACUCGACACUCCGUCUUCGUACGAAGGCGCCCUCACCGCUCAUCUGCGCAUGUCUGGUGUGUACUGGUCUUUGACCGCGCUUUCUCUCUUGCUACCAUCGGAUCAAGAGGUUGAUCGACUCAUGGGUGUACACGUUGUGGUGAACAACACGCGUCAAGCGAUAGUCGACUGGGUACUGGACGAUUGCUACGAUGCUCCAGCUGGUGGAUUCGGGGGAAACGCUUCCCAAGACGCUCACAUCCUGUAUACCUUGUCCGCCUUGCAAAUUCUUGCACUGGCGGAUCGACUCGACGAUCCACGGUUGCAGCGCGACGCCAUUGUGAAAUUUGUCGUCGGCUUGCAGCAACCGGACGGAUCGUUCGUCGGAGACUGCAUCACCGUUGGUAGCCACAACGACAGCGAAUCCUGCGGUGAGAUCGACACCCGCUUUACUUACUGCGCACUUUCGUGUCUUUCCAUCCUUGGCUGUCUCGAAAAGCUGGACGUAUCUGCCGCUGCCCGAUACAUUCUGCAGUGUCGGAAUUUGGACGGUGGUUUCGGAUCCGUGAUUGGGGCCGAGUCCCACGCCGGACAAGUCUUUUGUUGCGUCGGGGCGUUGGCCAUUGCCCAGUCGCUGCAUUUGCUUGGUACAGACGGCAUCGACCUAUUAGGUUGGUGGUUGUCCGAGCGGCAAGUCGAUUCGGGAGGUUUAAACGGGAGACCCGAAAAACAAGCCGAUGUCUGUUACUCUUGGUGGAUCCUCUCGGCGCUCUCGAUAUUGGGGAAAAUGGAGUGGAUCAACGGAGACAAGCUAGCGGGCUUUAUUCUACGUUGCCAAGACGACGAGGACGGAGGUAUCGCGGAUCGACCGGACGAUAUGGCUGAUGUCUUUCAUACUUUCUUCGGGAUUGCCGGACUUAGCCUGCUGGGUCACUUGCACGACAACACGGAAAACAAGCCCUAUCGGUACAUUGACCCGGUUUACGCUUUGCCCACUGAUAUUGUCCGUCGACUGGGCCUCACC